UUUGAACGAAAACAAAAUGGCUUCCCAGCUUGAAGAUAUUGAAAGGUAUUUAGAUUAAAUAUUCUCACACGGUUGUCUAAAACGACAGUUUUGAUGCUAUGUGAUACUAAAGUAUGAUACUUUUUGUCUUAACUAUGGUAUAAGAUCAUGAGUUUGUUUUAAUUUUUCGCAGGAUUCUUCAAGAUAUCUCAAACCACAGCAACGUCAAAUCGCUCCAGGGUAAUGUUGGCCAGGACAUCAAUACCGAAUUACAACUUGAAAAGCAUAAGGUAAAGUUGGUUCUAAUGUUAUAAUAAAACACUUUAUUCGAAAAUCAUAAUAAGACUAGAUGAAGUGUACCCCUAGGCCUAACCAAAAAGCUGGUGACGCUAUGAAGGGUAUGGUACGUUUCAAACAGUUUUAUAGACUAGUGCAUGUGGGAUAGGGUAUAGAAAUCAGAGAAAUUGGGUCUAGAAUAGUAUCAUUUUCCACGAAACCUGGUUAAAGAUUUAAGCCUAAAGUAAAGAAACUGGGAACUGACAAUGAAAAAAAUGAAAUUGGCUGGAAUGUGCUAGUGACCUCUGUAGUUUCUAGAAGAUAGUAACCCCAGGAUAGGAAGGCAUUUUGCAGUUAAGUCUAGUUUAGGGUUUCCUGGGGCAGUGCAAGACAACUUGUAGCAAUUCUCUACUCAUGAACCAGGGAAGCUGGACUUGUCCCUGGGAUUUUCUGGAGAAGGGGUGCAAAAGUAAGGAGAUGAUUGCCUGAGCCUUUUGCCCAUCAUGCAAGCAAGCCUGAAAAGUUCCUUGAAUUGCCUUAUAAAAACAAUCCUCUUGUCCCGGACAAUAGGGUGAGACAUUUUUUGAACCCUAGUAAAACCAAUUUUUAGCCUUAGAUUGUAAAAAUGUAAGGAUUGUGGUGUGAAAAGUCAGAACACCCCUAAAUUAUGCCAGAGAUCUCUACCACACUAUUGGGGUUGCUACAAUAAAUCAUUUCUUAUCCUGUAAAGUGGGGGCUUGAGACCCAUUUAAGACAUAAAGGGUUACCAAAGUUUUCUUGCCCAUAUUUCAAACAGAAUCAUCUUGCAAGUCUAAAGACAAAGUUGGCCAGGUUACAAACCCAGUCAUGCUUCCUGGAAAAUUUGUCAAAGGAAGACUGGUUUUCUACGGACAGCAUGGAAAUGACGGGUAAAAUCCUGAGUAAAAUAAUGCAAAAAGUUAUUUUGUAUACUAUUAGUCAUAGUACUAUGCAACCAUAUCUAUUUAUUUAAUAGUGAAUUUUAAUAUUGUAUGAAAUAAAACAAUAAUAAAAAAUGGAAUGAUUUACUGAUUUAUCAUUCCAAGAGUUGUGACAUUUCACCAAUAGUAGAUGAGUAUAACUAAAAGCCAGUUAGUGAUAGGCUUUCAUUAUCUACAUGUAUUAAGAUUUGUGGGAUCUUUUACUGCUGUCUUUUAAUGCCCUCCUAUGAAGUAUGCCUUCUGACUGAUCACAACUCUAAUUUAUUUCCAUUAGUUGCAUUUCAUGAAUACAAUUAUGUAUGAAUCACACAAAGUCAGGAACAAAACGGAUAUGAAACUCCAAACAGCAGUAGGAAAACCUGGCAGAGUGACAGCAUAGCCAAAAUAGCUAGUCAAAUUCAGUUAAAUCAAACAUGAAUACAUUUCCUUAAUGCUGUACUCAAACAAAGACAGCAUUGACUUGACAUUUUCUGGUUAAGUUUACUAAAAGGAGGAUACACAGCACCCUUUUCUGUUUUUGUAAAUUAUUUACCGAAGCCUCAAGUAACCUUUGUCAUUGAAGACUGGAACACAACAAAUUACCAUGAAAUAAGGAUGGUAAUCAAUUUAAAUUUUCUGCCAUAAAUUGGGUGUUGUUUUCGUCAUAGAAUAUCAAGCAAACAUGAUGAAGGAAAGAAAGGAAGUUAAAGAGACAACUGAGAAACUGGAAACAGAUUUAGAUGACUUAGCUGAAACUCUAUGCACUAGUAAGAUAAAAAAUAGACAAUAAAAAAUGUUCAGUGUUAAAUGCUUAUAUCUCACAAGGCAAAGCAUCCAUACAUGUAUAUACUGGCUGAACAUUCAGUGAGUGUCCGAUGGUCAUCCUUUUACAUAAAAAUCCAGCUCUAGUGUAGUUCUUGUGUGAAAAAACUCCCAAAAACCCCUGAAUAAAAUAAGACCCUUAUUUCAAUUUAUGAAAAAGGUUUGACUGACAUGUGAGCCUGGAUUCAGGCUUAUUCGCAAAACUGUGGGCAGUGAGGUAGGUUGCCCAGUGGACAGAUCAUCUAAAAUGAACUCUGCUAGAAACAAUAGAAUCCAUGGUCAGCCAGUUGGUCGUUAAUUUUAAUAUCUGCCAGGGCUAUCAUAAAGAGCCGGGCUCUGAGGAUUUCCCCCGGCUGUUAUGAACAUGCCCCCUGGCUUCUUUCAUAUGAAAAUAGAAGAAAUAUAGAACCAAAAGAAAUCCCUAGCUGUUUGAUUCCUAGCCUGCGAAGCGCAGACAUAUUUCCAGUCGUCACUUCUCUUCCUCCAAACCAGAAAUAUGUCUGCUGUUCGCAGGCUAUUUGAUUCCCUGCCUACUUGUUGUAUUUACCUGGCAACUUGAAAUCUCGGUGACAUCCCUGAUCUAGUAAUUUCUGAUGUCUGGAAGACCAUAAAUCUCGAACCCUGACUGAUUUUUAUUACAUAAAGUGCAUGUUAACUGCAUAAAUUUUAUAAAAUUCCACAGAUCACAAAGUCUUGAAGGAGAAACUUGAGCUUUUGGAACAGAAGCUUUCAUCCUUAAAAGACAAGGUUAAAACAGAACAUAUGUUAUUCAUCUAGCCAUUUGAUUUUAAUUCUACAAACUAAUAAAAUUUGUCACAGAACAAAUCACAAAAUAAUAUUAUUGCAAACUUUACAUCUAUUCUUUCCACUUAGUGUGCAAGUACUGCUGAGCCACGUCAAAAUAAAUAUAUUAAUCUUUUAAUUAUUCUAAAAAAUGUGUACAUUAAUCUUGUUGGAUGCUUUUCCUAAAUCUUAAUAGGUUAAGCAACAAUAUUAUAAGCAACUGCCACUUUUCUUGUCAUUUCAGUACAUUGCUUCAGCAAACAAAGGAGAAUGAAUAUUUUCAGUCUAUUUGCGCUCCUCUUAUGCAAAAUCUUGACCUCAAUAGAAGACUUACAACUCUUAAAAAGUCUUUAAAAUUCAUUUUAUCAAAAAAUCAGAUCGUCUAUGAUAAUGACCUAAUUUUUUCUCCCAUUUUAGUGGCAUCACUUAACAGGUCCCGUAAAAUUCCGAAAAUAAGCCCCGGGGCUUAUAUUUUUCAAAGGCCCUUUUUGAGGGGCUUAUUUUUGGAGGGGCUUAUCUACGGAGGGAAAUUUGUGUUUCAAAAUCGACUGGGCUAGCCUCAUAGUUGGAAUGAAAUUUACCGUUUUUUCUUUGUUUUGCUUUGUAUUUGAGGGUAACUUCCAAGUACAAGCCCCCGGCAGGGCUUAUAUUCAGAGGGGCGAUUUAACGGAGGGUUUUUUGCGUUACGAGUUUGGGGGGCUUAUAUGUGGAGGGGCUUAUUUUCGGAAUUUUACGGUAUGUUAAAUUAAAAUUCUAAUAUUAUCCAGGCAAAAAUCUAUCCUCUACAAAUCAAUAUUUUCUUCUAAAAGGGCUCUCAUCGAAGAGAAAAAAUUCACUAGACACCCUUUUAUCAGGCUUUAAUUACUGUGAGGUGUUUUCAUUUUCAGCAAGGUACAAAAUACUAACUGUUUGUUAAAAAAAACAUCUAGCUACUGUGUGCGUGAAAGUUGCACAUCCCACAUGCAACCAGAAACCUUUUUUUUAGAUCAAGAUAAUUUUUUGUGUACUCAACAGAAACAUUGCAUUACAUCAAUGUACAAUGAUCACAAUGUGGAGGCAUGUGUGGCUGGGUGUUAAACACCUUCAAAUCCAGAUCUGGAGGUUAGGGGUUCAAGCCUUGCACUUCGCGUUGUUUCUUUACACAAGACCUUUACUCCACUUUGUCUUUGUCAUGGGCACUGGUGACUUACUGCUGGGAGGGUAACCCUGUGAUAGACUAGCAUCCCGUCCAGGGGGGAGUAGCAAUACUCCGAGGCAUGCUUCAUGAUAAGGAAACCGGGAUAAGUUCUGUCUGUUUGGGCCUUUGGAUCUUGUGCACCUUUACCCCUUUUCACAAUGAUCAUGAUUACAACAUCUACAUGCUAGUUGUUAAAUUUAAAAAAGUAAUAAUUAUUAUUACUUUUUUUAGAAAAGCAAGUAUGAGUUUCUGAAGGAAAAGUCACAAGAGACAGCUGCCAGGGAAGAGCAGGUACAUACAAUGUUGUUGUCUUGAUAUCACAGGGUUUGUACAGGACAUGGAAAACCUGAAAAGUCAUAGAAUUAAAUAUUAUUUUCCAGGCCUGGAGAGUAAAGGAAUUUAAUGGCGGGUCCUUAAAAAUCAUGAAAAUUUAAAGUGUUGUUUGGUGGAUUAGUCACUGCAGAUGACAUUUAGCAAGGACAUUAACCAGUGUGAAUGGCAUGCAUUUUGCUGGACAUCAGAGUUUGUGUCUUUUGAAAUAUGUGAGGUCAAAAUUUAAAAAAUACCCCAAAGCGGGAAAUUUAGAAAACUACUAAAAUCUAUAUUAAAAUAACCACUUAAAACUUUAUACAAAAAAGUGACAUCAGCUAUAAAGCAUCUUUGCUCAAGAGACACAAGAUUAAGCUCCUUCAAACAAGAUUAUAUUUUCUGAAUAUACGAGUUAAAUUUCCUUGUUCACUUUGAAAAACCUUUAAAUAGUAGUGUCACUUCUGACAUGCCAUUAUACAGUGGUCUAUCUAUAUAUAUGUAUGACCAGUAGAGUGCAUGAUUAUUUACAUGAAGGCAAGUCAUUCAGAAUUAGCUUCUCUUAAUGGAAACCUGAUAAUCUGGACACGAUUAUUGUUGCAAUCGGACACAACCAGCUCACCCUGAUUCCCAACAGCAAGACAGUAUGGCAAACAAAAGUUGCCUACUUCACCACCAACACCACCAAAGCUUCGCACAAAAUUUCCAUGAAAAUCAAGGACCUGGAUACGGCAGUUUCCAGCAUCACACACAAGUAUGUUACCAGCUGAAUCAACGGCUAGUCCCCUUGGUUGACGAAACUGCCCAGCCUCUUUCCCCGGUCUACCAAUCUGCUGAAGAAAGACACCAUAACGAUUGAAGACCUUAAGACAGUGGUCAAAUGUAUCAGACACAAUAAACCGUCCAUGAUCAAACACUGCAUAGGAUGGGCGUCCAAGCCUGUUUUUUCCAGUGGAGCCAAAUUCAAGGCAUAAUUGUCCACUGUGAUGGAAAACCAACACUCUCUCUUUUAAAGUGUCUGUUACUAUAAUCCGUCCCUCGCAGUCAACAGAUAUGCCCUCCACUCUGUCACCCAAUUCUUCACCACUUCCAAUGCUCCGGAUAAGCUGACCUUGACCAUCAAGAACUUUAAGUUCACAACUUUCGCUGUCAAAAGUGAUGAGGUUAUGAUCAAGAUCAAAGUCAAUGCUUGUAGGAAGUUUAAUUCUUUCUGAUCCAUUACUGGGUACAGUUUGGACAUGAAUGCCUUGAUUAUCAAAUACUUGAAUGCGGCAGUUGGCAUGGUCAGCAACAGCUAUGCAGCCAUCCUGGCGUAUGGCCACACCCCAUGGAAGCACAAAUUCACCAUCACCAUUGCCAGCUGUCCCAAAAGGGCUUAUUUCCACAUUGCCGUUAUUGUAGUCUGGCACUGUUUGUCUCACAUCAACAGAACUUCCACUACCAAUCACAAGUUUUCCAAGUGCGGCCAGUUGUUCACUCUCAGCCAUACUAAUGGCUGGAGUAAAUCUUAUGUCCCCCACUUCUGGUAUUUGCGAUGUCAUCUCUAUGAGGUCAAUAUCCCUGAGCUGAGCCAAAAGAGAAGUUUUCUCCUCAACAAGUCUCCUUGUUGGCAAGGAAUUAAUCUGCUGCUCCACUCUCUGAUAUGUAUCAUUGGCAUCUGCUAUUAAACUUUGCAUUACUACCCUCCGCUGCCUCAGUUCUCGCUGCUUAUCAGCCACUCGCAGAUUCAGUUGCUGUAUUAGUUUUUCUUCACUUUCUCGUACCAUCUGUAUAAUUCUUUCAGCAGUUUGUCGUAUCUCACCCUCAACUUGCUGUCUUCGAUUGCCAAGACAUUCCAUCAUACUUGUCAUCUCUAUAAGCAGUUCCUGUCUCACUUCCAAAGCCCGUUUGCUUCUGUUCAUAUGCUCCUCCAGCUCCUUGAUGUCUCUUGUUCUUUCUUUUCCAGUUAUCAGGCUAGUCGCUAUGUAAUUUGUUGGUAGCAAGUCUAUCCCCCCCGGAAAUCGAAUAUCUGUCUCAUAUCGGCAGGUGGGGCAACGCACAUAGUCAACAUCAUUUUGUGCCAUAUUCCUUAAGCACUGUAAGCAAACAGUGUGAGAGCAGGACAAGCAUUUAGGCUCUACAAAUUCUUCAAGGCAGACAGGACAUUUAAGUUCCUCUUCCAACACGCGCGACAAAUGAUCUUGAUCUCGUAUCCAGCUCAUGUUAUGGUUGAUGUGUUGUCGUAUACGUAUGCACUCUCUUCCUUCUCUCUCCGUGCAGUUUGUGCGGUUUUGCAGGCUACCUUUUUCUGUUCUGUGAUGCAAAGUGCGUUCUUCGCUAAUGUCUGUAAACAGUCUCACUUCGCUCGUUGUUUUCGCUGGAAUGUUGUUUCCAAACUUGCCACGUCGCAACGUUAAGCUUCGUUGCAGAGGAACCGAAGAUCGAAUUGUUUAUGCUGAAUUAAAUAAAUAUGCCCUUAGGCUGGCAAUAUCUUAGUUCUCCUCUUCAAAUUUAUAGAGAGAAAGAUAAAACUCGCCACGAAGAACCUCAAUGUUUUCCUCUUGACAGGAACUGGCUGAGUCAAGAUUUGAAUGAAAUCCGCAAAAAUGUUAAGGUUAAAGGUCUCGCUGUUUGACAAACACCCUCCCUCUGGCUGAUGCAAUCGAGUUACAUGAUAAACAUACACCUCACGCACCAAAUGAAACAGGCUUUAAAAAUACAGGGGAAAAUCCAAGUCAAAUUUUUCUGCAGGCACAAUUUUAAAAGAAAGUUUGGUCUGGCAACACACUUCUCAAGAAAAAAAAUCACGUUCCUCGGUGUUUUCGAGAAAAUUCUUUCAGUUUAUACUCUGGCAACUGAAAAUUGUUUAUUUGGAGCACAGUUUCUUCACUAUUAAAAGAAAACCAGCGUUUCGUCAGAAUCACGAUUACUGUGAAACUAUUCAGAUUUCAUCACAGCUUUUAAAAAGGCUCUUAUAUGUUAAUAUUAGGCUUAAUUAAACAAUUAUUUGCUAAAGUCAUAAACUAUUAUUGCCCCUCCCAUACACAAAAUGCUCCAGUAGAGCUAUGAAGAGGAUAACAAGCCCCCCUGGAAUAACAAGCAAAUUUCAUGAGGGAGAGCUAACCAUAAAGUUUCAAUCCAUGAUCAUCCUUGCUAUCUGCUGUAACAACAGACGGCAAGACACAGUUUCAGUGCCAAAAUUAAGUCUUAACUAAUCAAAGUGUACCAUCAUUUUUGAAA